AUGGGAGCUACCGAUAUUGCCUCGCGCCUUCGAGCCAAAUUUACGAAGCGAAGACACUCGACAGCAGGUUCUCAAGCAUCUUCGAACCAGAGCGUUACCGACACCUCAUCGUCGUUCGGAAGCCGUCAAGUCGGAGAUCGUGAUCAGGCUCGGGCUCGGUCUCGCCAAAAUGGAGAUGGAGAUCGUUCAUCCCGCGCCGUGAGUAAUUCAAGGGGCACCCUUAGUAGCCGACGUGGUAUGACAGCGACAACCGAUGACUCGCAACGACAACGAGAAGAUAGCGACGAGUUCGCAAAGAUCGAGAUCUCUCGCCGAGUAUCAGGAGCAGACGCAGCAAACUCCAAUUCAGACUCAGCAGAAAAUACAUCCUCGGAGACAGAUACUGAGGCGCCCGGAGCGGUUCCACCCGCUAAAGACCAUCCCACAGCGAGAGCUGCAGCACUGAAACACUCGACCCCCCCUGUAGACCAGGAGGGCCUUGGCGAAGAGCCUGCUACAGCCGCCACUAGCUCCAGCUCCAACUCUAGCUUGAGCGACCAGCACCAGCACCAGCCUCCGCCACAACCAAAACCUCAAAUCAAUCCACCACCGUUGAUCUCCCCUUCACUACAUCCACAAGAACAGCCGUCACCAUCGCGGCCACGUCAGGCAAGCUCGAACCUCGACCGAAUUCACGAGGACGCACAGGAUUCGGAUUCUGAAUCACCUACUGCGCGCCCCAAACCUGUCACGAGUUUAGACUUUAAUGCUGCCCCUGUGCUUGCUGGACACAAUGACGACGACCCGUUGAGUCCAGACCAAGCUCCCAAUUCCCCCAGAUCUGCCGCGUUUGCGCCUUUGGCAGCGGCUACCUCGACGACUUUUGUCGCUCCAUCUCCUGGUCUUCCGCCAUCAGGAGUUCUUUCGGUCCCUGACUCUCCAACAGCGCGACCAGCCCCGCCCCCAAGACGACAGAGCUUGCUAUCGAACCGCCAGACGACCUUGAUCAACACACUCCUUUCGAACCAAUCCACGCAAGAACCUAGCAGAACUCAAACUCACACGUACGCGCCCAUAAACGGAAAUAUGGUGACCCGUAAGAUUUGGGUCAAACGACCCCAUGCUUCACCAACCCUUGUUACUGUCAACGAAGACGACCUUGUUGACGACGUCCGUGACAUGAUUUUACGUAAAUAUUCAAACUCCCUCGGUCGAAGCUUCGACUCUCCCGAUAUAAAUAUCCGCAUUAUACCUCGAGACCAACAUUCAGAACGCAUCCUCAACCCUGAGGAGCCCAUGGGCAGGACGCUAGACGCUUAUUACCCAGGCGGACAAACAGUUGAAGAAGCUCUUGUAAUCGAUAUCCCCCGACGUGCGCCAAAGGCUUCCCCACGCCCUGUCGUACCAGCGUAUGUUGGCAAUGUAUACUACAGCGAAGACGGCCGGCCUACUGAAACAAGCGAUGGCUACUUUCCCUCAGUGGCUGUGGAUGCUCAUCCUGGCGCCGUUGGCUCGCCACAUCUCCCGGUGGCAGUACCCGCGCACGGCAAUCCUCCAGGCCAUCACUCGAUUGCAGUGCUGGGGACUGGUCAUAUCCCUCAUAUCCCGUCGCCUGGUAGAUCACGCACAUACCAAACCCGUCCGGAACGUCCCAAAUUAGGCCGUACCCACACGGCAUCACCGACUCUGAUACCUAACAAUUCAUCCGUAUCUUUGGCUGCCGCUGCCGCUGCGAAGCAUCCGAGCCACGGUACGCAACACUUCAACCCGAGGCUACCACAUUCACGAACUCAUUCAAAUUCUUCAGAUGCCCCUGGUAUGCCGCCCGCUGCCCCUCCCCUACCGACGCCGCCCGCACCAGAGCCGUUAAUAGCACAUGUCUCGACACCACCUAUUAGGCCAUCUUCACCCCGACCCACAGCCAAACCCAAGAAGAGCAAAAAAUCCGAGCAUCCAAACCUGCCGCCAGGCAUGCUCAACGGUGGUGUACCUCCCAUUAAUGUUCUAAUCGUCGAAGAUAACCCGAUCAACCUCAAGUUGCUAGAGGCUUUCGUCAAGCGCCUUAAAGUGCGAUGGUCAACCGCCAUGAACGGACGCGAUGCCGUGAAAAAGUGGAGGAGUGGCGGAUUUCAUUUGGUUUUGAUGGAUAUUCAGCUCCCAGUCAUGAACGGACUCGAUGCGACUCGCGAGAUCCGUAGGUUAGAACGAGUCAACUCUAUUGGAGUAUUUUCUUCGUCUCCUGAUGGCGAAAUAACGACAGAAAAUCCCGACGAGAUUGACGAGAAAGAUCGCCUGGACAACACUUCCCUAUUUAAGAGCCCCGUAAUCAUCGUCGCUUUGACUGCCAGUUCAUUGCAGAGUGACCGACAUGAAGCUUUAGCCGCGGGCUGCAACGACUUCUUGACCAAGCCUGUCAACUUCGUUUGGCUUGAACGCAAGGUCAUGGAAUGGGGCUGUAUGCAGGCUCUUAUUGACUUUGAUGGCUGGCGUAAGUGGAAGGAAAUUUCCCAAGAAGCCGAGGAGAAUGAGGCGGCAAAGAAGGCAGCAGUUGCAGCAGCCAAGGCAAAGUCGAAAAAGAAUCGUCUUUCCAUGACUAAGCCUGGCUGA